AUGUUUUCCGCCACAUUAGCAUAUCCCGCGAAUCCCCUCGCAUUCCAGUUUCUGGUCUUCGAGGGCCGGUCUUCAGGCCGUCGAUCGGACUGGUUUACCACGAGCUUGGACGCUUUGGGCAGGUACACGCAGCCACCACUCUCAGCCCACACAUUCCACAGCCUCCAAGCCUCCACUGCUGCUCUCACGAAAGUCUCGCAGACGUUGGAAAACUUAAUCUUUUAUCCGAAACGGUAA